GAUUGGCCAGCUACGCCAUCGCUCCUGAGACUUCCUUCUGGGCCGCCGCCGCCGACUUAAACUUUGAAGGGGGAAAAAAUAGAGCUACCCGCGCUGUGCGACCCUCCCUUGUCCCCGACCCGCCCCGCCUUCGGAUCCCGCCAUCCUCGAGUCUCUCAACCUGACAGAUUUGUCUCUCAAAUGCCUGCGUUCUUACCACUACCGCACGAGAGCUCUCGGAUCUAGGUCCCAGGUUCCUCGGUGAGCUCUGGGCGGCAGGUCCGGGUCUGGCCCCCAUGGCCGCCGCCCCCUCCCAUCCCGCCGGACUCCCCUGCUCUCCGGGGCCCGGGUCUCCUCCGCCCCCCGGUGGCUUGGAUCUCCAGUCGCCGCCACCUCUGCUGCCUCAGAUCCCGGCUCCAGGCUCGGGGGUCUCCUUCCACAUCCAGAUCGGAUUGACCCGAGAGUUCGUGCUGUUGCCGGCCGCCUCAGAGUUGGCUCACGUGAAGCAACUAGCCUGUUCUAUUGUGGACCAGAAGUUCCCAGAGUGUGGCUUCUACGGCCUGUAUGACAAGAUCCUGCUCUUCAAACAUGACCCAACAUCGGCCAACCUCCUGCAGCUGGUGCGAUCAGUUGCAGAUAUCCAGGAGGGCGACCUGGUGGAGGUGGUUCUGUCAGCCUCGGCCACCUUUGAGGAUUUCCAGAUUCGUCCGCAUGCUCUCACUGUGCACUCGUACCGCGCACCCGCCUUCUGCGACCACUGCGGGGAGAUGCUCUUCGGUCUCGUGCGCCAGGGCCUCAAGUGCGAUGGCUGCGGGUUGAAUUACCAUAAACGCUGUGCCUUCAGUAUCCCGAACAACUGCAGUGGUGCUCGAAAGCGCCGCCUGUCAUCCACAUCUCUGGCCAGUGGCCAUUCUGUGCGCCUCGGCAGCUCCGAGUCCCUACCCUGCACCGCCGAAGAGCUGAGCCGUAGCACCACCGACCUCCUUCCUCGCCGACCACCCUCGUCGUCGUCCUCCUCCUCUUCCUCUUCCUUCUACACAGGCCGACCCAUUGAGCUGGACAAGAUGCUGAUGUCCAAGGUCAAGGUGCCACACACCUUCCUUAUCCAUAGCUAUACUCGGCCCACCGUUUGCCAGGCUUGCAAGAAACUGCUCAAGGGUCUGUUCCGCCAGGGCCUGCAGUGUAAAGACUGCAAGUUUAACUGUCACAAGCGCUGUGCUACCCGUGUCCCUAACGACUGCCUUGGGGAGGCGCUCAUCAAUGGAGAUGUGCCAAUGGAGGAAGCCGCUGAUUACAGUGAAGCUGAUAAGAGCUCCCUCUCCGAUGAGUUGGAGGACUCUGGUGUCAUCCCAGGCUCCCACUCAGAGAAUGCGCUCCAUGCCAGCGAGGAAGAGGAAGGCGAGGGACGAAAGGCCCAGAGCUCGCUGGGAUACAUCCCCCUGAUGCGUGUGGUACAGUCUGUGAGACACACAACCCGGAAAUCUAGCACCACCCUGCGGGAGGGCUGGGUGGUUCAUUACAGUAACAAGGACACACUGAGGAAGAGGCACUACUGGCGCCUAGACUGUAAAUGCAUUACCCUCUUCCAGAACAACACGACCAACAGAUACUACAAGGAAAUCCCACUGUCUGAAAUCCUCGCAGUGGAGCCGGCUCAGAACUUCAGCCUCGUACCUCCGGGCACCAACCCACACUGCUUCGAGAUCAUCACGGCCAAUGUUACCUACUUUGUGGGCGAGACACCUGGCGGGGCCCCGGGAGGGCCGAGUGGGCAGGGAACAGAGGCCGUUCGGGGUUGGGAGACAGCCAUCCGCCAAGCACUGAUGCCUGUUAUCCUCCAAGAUGCACCCAGUGCCCCAGGCCACACACCACACAGACAAGCUUCUCUGAGUAUCUCCGUGUCCAACAGUCAGAUCCAAGAGAAUGUGGACAUCGCCACUGUCUACCAGAUCUUCCCAGAUGAGGUGCUGGGCUCUGGCCAGUUUGGAGUGGUCUAUGGAGGAAAACACAGGAAGACUGGCAGAGACGUUGCAGUAAAGGUCAUUGACAAACUGCGCUUCCCCACCAAGCAGGAGAGCCAGCUCAGGAAUGAAGUGGCCAUUCUCCAGAGUCUGCGGCACCCCGGGAUCGUGAACCUCGAGUGCAUGUUUGAGACCCCUGAGAAGGUAUUCGUGGUGAUGGAGAAACUGCACGGGGACAUGUUGGAGAUGAUCCUCUCCAGCGAGAAGGGCCGGCUUCCUGAGCGCCUUACCAAGUUCCUUAUUACGCAGAUCCUGGUGGCACUGAGACACCUGCACUUCAAGAACAUCGUCCACUGUGACUUGAAACCGGAGAAUGUGUUACUGGCAUCAGCUGAUCCGUUUCCUCAGGUGAAGCUAUGUGACUUUGGCUUUGCUCGCAUCAUCGGCGAGAAGUCCUUCCGGCGCUCAGUGGUGGGCACGCCCGCCUACCUGGCACCUGAGGUUCUGCUCAACCAGGGUUACAACCGCUCCCUGGACAUGUGGUCCGUGGGUGUGAUCAUGUACGUGAGUCUCAGUGGUACGUUCCCCUUCAAUGAGGACGAGGACAUCAAUGACCAGAUACAGAAUGCAGCCUUUAUGUACCCGGCCAGCCCCUGGAGCCACAUCUCAUCUGGAGCCAUCGACCUCAUCAACAACCUGUUGCAGGUGAAGAUGCGCAAGCGCUACAGCGUGGACAAGUCUCUCAGCCACCCAUGGUUACAGGAGUACCAGACGUGGCUUGACCUCCGAGAGCUAGAGGGAAAGAUGGGCGAGCGAUAUAUCACCCAUGAGAGCGACGAUGCACGCUGGGAUCAGUUUGUGGCAGACCGCCAUGAGACGCCUGCAGAAGGGGACCUGGGAGGCGCCUGUCUGCCGCAGGACCACGAGAUGCAGGGGCUGGCUGAGCGGAUUAGCAUCCUUUAGGCCAGUGUUCCCCACUGGGCUGCUUGCUUUCUUUGGAGCCCUGCACAUCAUCCCAAAAGUGAACUGUUCUAGAGGAAGCAGCUUCCUGUACAGACUGGAUGGGGCAUUACACAGGAGGGCCAGGGCCCUCUGUCUUUCCCAACAGACUCUUCUUCCCGGGGCCAUGAUCUUAGUCUCUGAUGCCCCAACCUUGGAGUGAUAAGGGCUGGAGAGUUGACUCUGCGGGUAAAGGCGCUUGCUACCAAGCCUAACAACUUGAGUUCAAUCCCUGGGAUGAACCGGUUUGAAGAACUGACUCCUGCCGUUUGUCCCCUGACCACCACAUGUGCCCACACAAACACAGGCAAUAAAUGUAUUUUUUCUUUUUAUAACAAAUGAGGC